UUUAGCUUUGCGGGUUUGUUUAUAACCGAAGGGAAGCUAAGCUGUUUGCGACUCCUAUAGCUCAAAGUAACGAAAAGGUUUUCGUAUUCUGGUGUUGAACAGCAACCAUGGGGAAGUCAUUUGCUAACUUUAUGUGUAAAAAGGAUUUUCAUCCUGCUUCGAAGUCGAAUAUUAAAAAGGUAUGGAUGGCCGAACAGAAAUUAACUUUCGAUAAGAAGAAGCAGGAAGAUCUCAUGCAAGCAUAUUUAAAAGAACAGGAUACCUACAACAACAGGCUGUUGAUGGGAGAUGAUCGUGUUAAAAAUGGACUCAACUUCAUGUAUGAAGCUCCGCCUGGAGCAUCAAAAGAGGAGAAGAAAGAGGAAGGUGAGGAGGAGUGCAAAUUUGAAUGGCAGAAGGUGGCUCCUCGAGAAAAGUAUGCGAAAGAUGACAUGAAUAUCAGAGAUCAGCCAUUUGGUAUCCAGGUGCGCAACGUGAGAUGCAUCAAAUGUCACAAAUGGGGUCAUGUGAACACUGACAGAGAGUGCCCGCUGUUUGGACUGUCAGGGAUCAAUGCCAGCUCAGUGGCCACAGACGAUGCUGCAGGCCCGUCGAUGCACCCCUCCGAGUUAAUGGCCGAGAUGCGAAACAGUGGCUUUGCCCUGAAAAAAUGUGUCCUUGAUAGGAGUUCCACUGUUUGUGAUCCAUCACAGGAAUAUGUUGCCAGUGAUGAAGAAGAGGACCCUGAGGUGGAAUUUCUAAAGUCUUUAACAACGAAGCAGAAACAGAAACUGCUCAGAAAACUUGACCGGUUGGAAAAAAAGAAGUCCAAGAAAAAGAAGAGCAAAAAACAGAAGAAGAAAAGCAAAAAAAAGCAUAAGAAAAAGCAAGAUAGCAGCGACAGCUCCGAUAACUCCUCCAGCAGCAGUAGUGACAGCGACUCAGGUUCAGACAGUCAGGGCAAGUCCAAGGGCCAAAUGAAGAAGAGGAAGAAGAAAGAAGAGUCCCGGCGGGAUGACAGUGAACAGAACGAGCCAAGAGUCAAGAGUCAGAAAAAGGCCUCCUGUCACAGAAGCAGGUCAUCGAGCCCCCACACUGGACAGAAGAGGGCUAAAGAGGACUCUGGAGAUUAUACACAAAGAAGGACAGAGAGGGGAAGGAGCAGGAGUCGCAAUCGCAGCCCCGACAACAAGAUCAAGCUGGAGGGAGGUCAAGAGAGAAGGAGGCACAACAGCAGGGACAGACAGGAAGUCAGCAGCUCUACGGCUGGAUUGGAAAGAAGUAGAAGCCGUGAUAGAGGCAGGGAGGACAGGGGUAAGGACAGACGUCACAGUGGAGACGGCGAGAGGAGCAGAAGAGGCACAGACGGAAACAAAGGCACAACAGCUGAUAGGAGGAGCAGAAGCAGAGAGAGGAGAGAAGAAAGAGAUGGUCGAGGAAGGAGCAGGAGCAGGGACAGGCGGGAGAGAAGCAGAGAUAGAAUUAAAAGGAAAUAUUAACAUGCAAAUUCAGAUUUUUUUCUUCCACAUUUUUAAAAGCAAAGAUAUGCUUUUUUUUCUUUACAUGACUGUAAAAUUUUGGAGUUCCUGUAGGAUCCCCGUUUGAAAUGUAUUGUGCGCAAACAGCGCUUUCGAUUUCCUCCACUAGGGGGAAGCCAUGAACAGAAAAUUACAUUAAGCGACCCAUCGCGCUCUGAUGGUGUUUUAAAUAAAAAGCGACACAUUAUUCACUGGUGCAAAUAGCUCUAUUUGUGAAGAUUUGUUGGAUUUAGUUUUUAUCACGUGUCCAACAGGAAAGACGCCUUUCUGUGAUCUAUUCUGUGCUGUUUUUUCUUUUAUUUCUCACCCAUAUGUAAUAAUUAGACGGCUGUUAUUUCCUCGAAAAUAAAAAUACAUUUGAAA